AUGUCUGGGGAGUCAAUCAUCGCCAAGGAUGGCUUCAAUAUAGCUACCCCGACCUCCGUCACAGUCGUAAAUGAAGAAAACAUCCCGUCAAAGUCAGAUAAAAUCCCAUUCUUUAGAAGCACUCUAUUCCAGAUCCUUGUAGUGGGUAUAUGCGCCUUCUCCGCGCCCGGAAUAUGGAGUGCCAUGAACGGCCUUGGCGUAGGCGGAUCGCAGAGUCCGGACCUCGUCAACGCCGCCAAUGCGCUGCUCUACGCGUUCAUGACGGUGACCUGUUUUAGCGGGCCGUGGUUAACGAAUGCGAUUGGAUUCCGCUGGACUCUUUCUAUAGGGACUCUUGGAUAUCCCCUGUACGCGGCUGGGCUCUAUGUCAAUAAUCGAUGGGGCAAUACAUGGCUUGUCUAUGUUGGCGCCGUUACAUGCGGUAUCAGCGCAGGGUUUUUCUGGAGUGUGGAGGGUGCCGUCUCGACGGGAUAUCCUGAACAUCACAAGCGAGGCCGUUAUAUCGCGACGUGGUUUACCUUUCGCAACUUUGGAAAUGUCAUUGGGGGUGCCAUUUCGCUGGGUCUCAAUGUUAACGUUAAUCAUCGCGGUCAAGUAGGAUACCAAACCUAUCUAGCUUUUAUCGCUAUCCAAUGUCUCGGAUGUCUACUCGCUCUUCUCCUUUCUAACCCCGAUAAGGUGCAGCGAGACGAUGGGACUCGCAUCGAAGCUCCUAGGGGAAUUCAUUGGCGCACCGAACUACGCGAGAUGUGGAGGUUGAUGAGGAGCAGGUCAAUCUUACUCUUGACGCCCCUUUUCUGGUACUUUGGUUGGACCCAAGCGUAUCCAGGGACAUACUUAGCAACAUACUUCACAGUUCGAUCGAGAGCCCUUGGUAGCUUUAUGUCCGCUAUUGUCGGCACAUUUGCGACUUGGCUAGGUGGUACGCUGGUAGAUAUUCGCUGGACGAAGAAGAGGCAGACUCGUGCCAUUAGUACAUACAUACUAAUCGCACUGAUUAAUAGUGCGACAUGGAUAUGGGCAGUAUAUGUCCAGAACGAAUAUCGACACACGCUUCCCCUCCUUGACUGGGGAAAUCAAGCAGAGUUUGGCCGUGGCUUCGGCGUCUACAUGUUUGAGCGUCUCAGUGCGGGAAUGGUCGAGAAUUAUAUCUAUUGGUGUAUCAGCAACUUAUCGGAUUCUCCAGGCGACCAGAUCAGAUAUAGCUCCUUGCUUCGAGGGAUCGAGACCGCGGGUGUUGCCGUAGGGUUCGGUAUCCAAGCCGUUCCUACAGCGCUCAUUGCUACGGCUAGUAUUAACCUUGCGCUUUGGUUCAUUGCGUUGCCGUUUAGUUAUUAUGCUACUGUGAGGGUAGUAAAGAAGUUUAAUGAGUUAGAUAAGAAGCGUGAUGAGAAUGUUGACGUUGAGACAACACACGCGUGA